GAUGCUGUUUUAACUGCGAAGCUCCAGAAAUGUUUUGUGGACAGCAAAAACUUAACCAAUAAUGAUAAUAACGCUAAUGAUCAGGCUGUCCCUGUCAGAUAAUUGUGACAUGUUUUUGGUUCUCUCAUUUUUCGGUGAACUUAUCCUUUAAAGAGCAGAAAAGGGGGGGAAAUGAAACAUCUGGGGUGCGCUGUCUGCUGAGGCGGAUUGUGUAUUGUGAUCGACCUCACGAAGAUAUUUCUUGCAGUGAUAUUUGAUUAUGCUUCUUCCGAUAUUCGUCACAAUACUGAUUUAAACUGUAUCCAGUAUUGACAUUUUAAAGCUGCGCGUGCUAUUAAGUCAGUAAGGACACUCUCGUAUUGCUGCUCGGCGUCUGUUAAAAGCUGCCGUGGUGCAGGUGAACACAUUACCCACUGCUGGGUCUCCACCUCCUCCAGGUGCGUAGCUGUGACACACCUGGAGAGUCACUGGCACCAGUAAAAAAAAAAAAAAUAAUAAAACAGAGACCACUGGCUUCCACUCCAUGCCUGUCAACUCCAAGCAAUCAGCCUCCCAGAUGUCGGUUCCCCGUCGACGUUGUCAUUUAACAUGCUCUGAUUUACGCUACGCGCAAUGAAUGUCACAUGGGGUUUGCUGACGGUUCUGGGUCUGGUGUGCCACACUGAGUCGAGGUGCUCACCGACCUCUUACUACAAGAACUGCUGGAUCCGACGCUUCCCGGGGAUUUUCCUCGACGUCGAGGAGUCUCAGAGGAGAGGAGCGCAGCUUCUCAAGCGCUACCAGGAGGAGACGGCGCUGAAAUGCAGCCGCACCUGCUGCCUGACCAGGAACUUUUCCUGUAAUCUGGCCAUUUUUCACUAUGACACCACUCAAGAGAACGUGAACUGCUUCCACCUGCACUGUCCCACGCUGGAGAGCUGCAUUCUCAGCCACAGAGGCAACGUUGUUCUCUACAACAUCACAAAGGGCGUGGAUCCUGACCUGUUGGUGUUCGGAAAAUACUUCACCUCCAAUGUACGGGUGUUACCCCACCACUACGGUCGAGUCAACGCCUCAGAGCCGCUACCCGCAGACAAACGCCAGUUCAUUCACCCACCUCCGCCUGCUGUACUGCCUCUGACAUCAGCACCCACGGUGAAACCCCUCACUACAGCAAGCAGAGCGCUCAUCACCACCACCACCACCACCACACUGCAGACCACCAUACAGCCUUCAACAAUUCCAACAACUACCUUGCCUUCCAGUCCAGUACCUUCAAGGGACGAUGCACAAACAACCCCAGCCAUCUCCAGCACUUCUCUUACACCCAGCUUCACUACGCCUCUGUCACCCCCAACAGCAACCACCUUCGGUCCUUACAAUCCCAGCACCACUUCUGCAUUUUCCACCACAGCUGCACAGCCCUCAACAACCCCUACCCAUCAUCACACCACCGGCUACCAGCUUGCCACCAGCCCUCCGGCCUCCAUAGCCAUUACUGACAACAUAGUGAGCAGCAAGCAAUACCCCAAUGACACCAAGGGCAACCCCGUGAGGAACAACACUGCAGGCAGCGAGGGAGGACAGGGCGGCGGCGGCGAUGACGCCAUCGAGGGUCUGGGGCCUGGGUGGCACGUAGCUGCGCACACUUUGCUGGUUGCACUGGCCAUCUGCGUCACAGUCCUGCUGAGCUGCUGCUGCUCCAUCCUGCUAGUAGUGAGCUGGAGGGGACAGAGGAAGAGGAUGGGACGCUACCGGACAUCGUGGAGAGGGAAAAGAGGCUCCAUGCGUCUGAUAAAGUAUGUGCUGGUCAGAGAAAACACUUGAAACACUUAAAAAGUGAGCUGGAAUUAACAUUUGUGUUUUGUUUACAGCAGUGUUUUUAAUGAAGGAAUCCAGGAUGAAAAGACAUUGGACAUGAAAUAAGAAUGUCUACUGUUUUUGUAAAUGAUUAGUUUCCACAUACAAUGUCGGUUUAAUCUGAGCAGAUUGGAAUGGAAAUUUAGUUACCAUCAACUGAUAUAUUAAGGUUACAAUUCUGUAUAUAUGAUUUUGGUUUCACUCGUGACGCAAUGACCUUCGACAGAAGAGCCAAAGUUGGCCAAUGCAUUUGACCGCAGCAAUUUGCUUCAAGAAAGACGAUAUGAUGUCUAUUUGGCUGACCUACAUAUUGAUGCACUUCAAUGAGUUUUAACAGAUGUUGAUGCCAAACCUCAAAGACUUGGACCAGUUGUGUAUGCUGGUUUAAGUGGGGCUUAAUGGGCGCUUCCAAGAAAAAAAAAAAAAAAAAAA